AUGUCGACAGCGAAGAAGGGAGACCUUUCUCUUUGGCCUAAACUGUUUACAGAACGACGAAAAUUCAGUCGCGAGGCCGAGAACGAGCCGUACAUUGAAUUCUUGCAGACUCCAAGGUUUAACGGCCAAGAGUAUGAGGAGGAUGAGGAUGAGGAUGAGGAUGAGGAUGAGGAUGAGGAUGAGGAUGAGGAUGAGGAUGAGGAUGAGGAUGAGGAUGAGGAGCAAGAGGAGGGUGAUGAUGAGAACGAGAUUGAAGGGGAAGAGGAUGACGAAGAUGACGCAGUGGAAGAGGCAGUCUCGAGUGGGCAGGGGAGUAGAGUUGAAGGCUACCGAAGUAAUAGGGGAAACAAAGACCAGGACCUUAUCAAUGACGGCAACGCCAGAUCUAGCAAUGGGCCCAGUAAUGUGAGACUUUUCAUGACAGGCUUCUCAGGAGAGGAGGACGACCUUCAUCAUCGCAAUCAAGUUGAAGAGGUUGCCAGUAUUUGCGAGCAAUGGACUCGUGAAAAAGGUGUGGUAACAAAGACGGGCAAGCAUGCGAAGCACGUGGCCUUCCUGGACGACAGAAACUGUCGUGGUAAUGUUUUGACGAAUGAAGGAAUUUCACCAUCGGGGGAUUGCAGGCCGUACCUAGGGCCUUUGACCGCGGAACGCUUAGGCAAAGAAUUGAGCCGGAAGCGUUUCGGAACAGUAUCGGAGCAGAAUAACGCCACGAAUGCAUUUGAUGAUGAGGAAGCUGAUGCGGAGAGGAGGGUGAUUUUUAUCACUGAUCUGGAUGCUUCGACAAUUGAGGCUCUUGUAACGACAGCAUCACGCAGCCAAGCUCCGGCACUCAAGGAUCUAUUUUACAAACACCUAACGAGGAAAACUUCCAUAGGAGUUACCAUUCCUAUUACCUUGCUGACUGCCACCGUUCUUGGACAGCCCACAUUCUUCCCUAGAUUCACACUCGAUUUCCAUAUUCCAUAUUAUGUAUCGAAGAUGGCCGAAGCGCCAAUUGAAGAUACUCGGAAGAAAUCCGAUGGCAACCCUUUCAGGCAGUCCUGGAAAUUGCCGUUUCUAUCCUCGUCUAUGAGUGAAUCGAAGCCCACAAAAGGGUUUUGUUAUUUAUACGAGGCCCAGAUGUCAGUUGUUGUCACAGGAAUUGAUCACUGGGUCUGGACUGCGUAUGGAUGUGUUGACACAUACUUUGGCUCAGAGGAGAGCGUGGACGGCUACGACCUGAUGAAAGGACGACGUUGCCGACGGUGGGGACGGCCAGACCCUCUUGCGGCCGGUCAGAUCAACGCUCACGAGCCGAUAUGGACGCCAAGAGAGUACUUUUUGAAAGUCUUUCAGGUCCGAGUGAGCCAAAUUCUGAGGGAAUGGAAUUUGAUAGGCAGCAAAGUGGAAGAGGAAGUCAAACGAUCCAGAACAAUAGCGGACACCUUAUUUCAGCUGUCAUCGACUGACCCCAAAGCCAGACAACAAGUGCGGGAUUUCAUCCUAUGGAAUCACCAAAUGAUCAGCCUUUUACGGCAAUUAAUGAUCGGUCUCUUGGACACCGUUGAGGUCUGGGACCAAUUUACGGAAAAAGAAAUUGGGUUCUUUCUCUGCCAAAGCGAUCCUCCGAACGCCUUAGCAUCCCCCCUUGGUGCCAUAGAAAAGUCCUUUCAGGAGAUGAAACGGCUUCAUAACAAACUACAGAACCUGAGGAAAGAACUUCGCGAGGAGAACCCACAACGUCUCAAUGCUCAUCUGAGUCUCGAAAAUAACGAUUCUACCAUAUCCCAGCAGGGAAUCGCGCAAAAUAUUCAGGUUUUUACUAUUCUUAUGACCUUAUUCUUUCCUCUGGGUCUUGCCUCAAAUCUAUUCAGUGCCCCGGGAGUUAUGCCAUCCACGAAGGCGAAUCUUCCAAAUUUUAUAUCCGCAACAAUCUUCCUGGCAAUUCUCAUGGGCGCGACAGCCGGAGUCUUGUUCAACUGGCGCUCGUGCCUGCAGCACAUCAUCGCGUUGCUCGGUUACGUUCGGAAUGCAAUCAUCUCUUGCGUAGAACGACCAGUAAGAGAAGAGACCUGCGCCGACAUGAGCGAUACGCAAAAAGCUUCGAAAUGGGGAUUGCCAAUUUGGAGAAGCAGAAGGGCGGAUGUCGUGGAGCAAUUGGACCUUGAGAGCGCGGCAGGAGAGUAAAUGCAGAGUGGACUUGAACAAGGUUGAUUUCAGAUCCUAUUACUUGCCAUCCUGAACAUCUUGGGAGUGCUUCGGUCUCUUAUCUGUUCUCAAAUAUUUUAUAAUAUAUUUAUUACUUAGAGAGCU